GAACUCAAAACUCAAAGUUUUUCGCUGCAACCGCGCGAGUCAUCAUUGUCGUCGGUCGCUAGAAGUGUUAUUUUUCUAUUUGUGGAAAACCUUCAGCUUUUCAGCUGCUGUGUAGAAAUUUUAUCGGUGCUGGAGUGAUUCGGACAGAAUAUCGCGUAAAUUCCGUAUGGAAUCGGUGUUGCGCAUUGUGAGCCGUAAGCUACCGUCGCCAUUUGGCGGCGAGUGAAAAAAAAAAAAAUCUGGUGGGUUCCGGAUUUGCCAGCAGUGUGAUGAAAAUCCACAGCAACAGCAGCAGUAGCAAAAGAAAGAUGGUCGACGAAAAUUAAAACGCAUAUUUUGCUUGUGGCCCCCGUUCGGUCGCUCGUGCCGUCGUCGCGCACCGUCUUCUUUUUUCAGUCGCCGUGGAACCGUCUGGCGUUUUUUCGAGAACCUAAUAUUAUUUUCCCUGGAUUGUGGUGACUUUGAGCAAAAAAUAGGCAUGACUCAUUGGGGAGGAGUUGCUAGGGUUGAAGCGCAGCAAUAAGAUACCUGGAAAGGGAAUGAACAAUAAUGCAUAUGAAGCUGUUAUUUGUUGCUUCGGUUUCCUCCGGAUUAUGAUUUGAAGAAGAAACUAAUUUUUAAACCAAUUUCAUCAGUGAUUAAUUUGUUACUUUUGGUUGAAGGAGGUUCAAACGAGCGAUAAUAAGUGAAUCCCGGUUGUCCUUCAAAAUCAUCAGACGGCAGCUGCUGAACCCGUGGUCAUAAGGAAGAAAAAAAUUUCACUCGUGUCACUUUUCUUUUUUUUUCUCGGCCGAAAAAAAAAUCGUAUUGUGCUUCCUUCACUACCUAUCGUAUUGCGACUGCUGGUGAAGAGAGUGUGCUUGUUGAACGGAAAGUGUGUGUGUGCAUCUGCGGCCAAAGCGGCGGGAUAAGAAGAGAAGAAAAUUCAAAAUAAAGCGAAAUCAAAACACCUCCCCACUUGCUUAGCAAUCAUUUUUGUUGGCCAUCAAUUUCGUUCGAACGGAGGAGUCGUUCCGUCAGAAGAAGGCGCUAUUUCAUCAUCCUGUUUCUACGCGCGCGGAUAGAAUCCAUCUCACUCACAUCACGCCCGUGUGGUGAUUGUGUGAAAUAAUAGCUUUUUUUUCGAGCUGGGCGUGAUCAGCUGGUGAGAUUUUGACGAAGUGAACGAGGCAACGGUAGAUGUGGAAAAUGUGGAGUGCGUCGUAUGAAAUUAUCGUGGAAACCCUGACCGGGUCCGAGUUCGAGGUCACCGUUAGCGAUCGGGACACCGUGGGAUACAUCAAGUCCAAGAUCCAGAAGUAUGAAGGAAUUCCGGUCAACCAGCAGCACCUGCUGUACAACCACAAGGAGCUGAACGAUGCCACCGAGAUGAAGGACAUUCCUCUAGUCAACGGAUCCCGGUUGAAGCUGGUGCUGGGCAUGAAGGGUGGGCCGAUUUCCUCCAAACGGGUGGUCACAAUUUCCGACUACGAGAAUUGGUUCGACAUGAGCGAUGUGCUAUCAAGACAAGAUGCGGCCAACUUCAAGGCACCCGGCUUAAAGCUACUGGUCAACAAGAAGAACAUCCACCGGUUGAUGAAGGUUCGCGCCGAAAAGGCAUCCGACAGUAUCAAAGGAACGGUUUCCCGAACCAUAGGCAAUCAAAGUGGAGAAGAUGUCGAUAGCGAGGAACUGGAACGGGAAACACAGAAGGAACGCGAUGAUAAGAUUACGACUGAGAAAUUGAAUCAAAUCAAAACCAAGCUAAACAUGAAAAAGAAGAAACUGGCUAAUUCAACCCUACCGGCCCCGGAUACGGAAAUGAUCAUCAAAGAAGAGAAAACUCCCAUCGCUCGCCCUACCUAUUCGGCUGGACCGAUCGGUUCGGCGAUCUCGCACCAUCCACGUCCGCUGUCCCAAACCGCCACCAUAGCUACGGCCACCCGGGAACCAUUCUUACCGCAUAUCAACUUUCAUAAUGCCAUCACCCGACAAACGGCGACGGAGCUGGACCGUCAUUCGCAGAUCCGUGAAAAUCUCCAGCGUAAUCGUUCCUUUAAGACCAUCAGUGCUAAACACUUCAAUGUAUCCGCCCACGACAUGACGGCCCACGACUCGAGCAGGCUCGAACGUUCGCUGUCAUUUCACUCGAACGGCAUACAGAACCGCAUGGAUUCCGAUUCCACAGUAGGAAGAGGAAGCCGCAGUGCUCACAGUCAAUCCCAGCAUCAGCUUUCGUCCGCUUCGCUGCACGACAUCAUCGAACUGCUCAAGUACACACCCUCCAAGCUCCGGACCAUUUCCCACGACGCAUUGAAUAAAAUGAUAUCCAAGAAGCCACACCACCACACUUCGACUAAACUGUUGGAAAAUAGUUCAUUGAAGAAUAUUGACGAGUUCCUCCGGGACUAUGACGUUACAAUGACCAACCGUGUCAAAACGGCAACGGCCACGACGACGACGGCCGGCGACUGUUCGAAUCUGCUGGCGGCGGAAAGUGUAUUCAAUAAGGAAACGGGAUUCGCUUCGGCGGAGAUCGCCUUUGACAAAGGUUCCAACGCGGGAACGCUGGAUAAGACGUUCCGGACGCUGUACAAAUCAACUUCCGAUGACAACAGUUCGUACGAGCUGCCAAAACUCCUGAUUCGUGAGGAUUCCCCGGUGGAAUCGUUUCACAGUUCCUAUCCUCAGCUGGAAACCGUUGCGCUACGAGGUGAAUCUCCGAAGAACUUCAACUCCAUCGCCAAGCUGCAGGACACUGGUCCCUCCGGGCUGGCGGAGAAUGCGAAUGCAUUGGCUCCGGGAGGUUUGACCAAAGCAAACAGCGAAAAAAGUAAGUUAGCUUCCGGUUCCUUGCUGCAGCUGUACGAACAUCCUCCCCCACCGACGGCGGCAGCGACAACGGCCACUGCCAUCGGGAGCGGCAUAGGCGGUGGCAUUCCGUCGAACGGUGGAACCUGGGCGCCCCAUUACGGCGGUGUCGGUAGCCAUCAUCAUCACCAUUCGGAUUUGGGGAUCAACGAACUGGAGUUGAAGUUUAUCAACAAUGGACUGAUGGAUAAGGGUGCGAGUAGUAGUGGUGGUUCCGUUUUCAAGCUGCCGGCGGUGUCGAAUUUGGAAAUCAACCACUGGAAUGCCCUGUCGAAUGAUUCGGUGAAUGGUAAGGACAAGGAAGAGGAGCAGGUCUCCAAUCCACGGACUUCCAACGGAUUUAUUCACAGCGAUUUGUCGAUUUCCUCCGAUGAGGAUGAUCUGUUUAGUAUAUCCGACUUGAUCUAUAAAAAUCAAGCCAACAAAUCGAAAUCUAUCGAUUUGAAUGAAUUCCGGAAGACGUUCGGCAGCAGUCCAACGCUGUUGAACAACUUCGGAGGGACCAACACCAAUCUGGCGCCACAGUUGUCCCGGUUGGAUGCGAUUCCAUCGCAGUACCGAAGGGGAUAUACCAAUUUAAACGACGCGGGCCUUUCCAGUUCAACGUCCGAGCUGGAGUGUGUCAAUGCGACCACCAAGAAAAAGACUGGAAGCGGCGAUAACGGAGAGCUGUCACCGCUACUCAAACAUAGAAACAAUGAUCAUAUUUCCUAUGUAAGGAGUUACGAAAAUUUGAACCGUUACAAGGCUUUCUCGACAAAGAACGGGGACGCAAGCGACAUCCUCCAAUGUCAACAGGGUCCAGGGCAACUGUUGCCCGGUAUUAGCAAUUUAGAUACUAUCGCAGACUCGGAUCUGAACAGUAGUAGCGGGAGCGGAUCCAAUCUGAUCGAUGAUAGUUUCACCGAUUUCGAGUAUAGGUUCUCUAGGUUAAGUUGUUCCGGCGGGAACGGUCAUCACAGUGGAGGUUGUAGUAGUACCAAUACCAGUAGCAAUACUCAAAAUAGUAACAGUAGUAGUAGUAGUAAUCCACAUACCAGUUGCCACAAUGGUAGCAGUCAUCGAAUGCCAUCUUUGAAUGAUUUAAACCAUCGAAAUCGACUGCUACAUGGUCACCCUCCUCCGUUCAACAACACCUCGUCGCCAUAUAGCAAUAACAACAACUCCAAUCCCGCAGCAAACUACUACUUCCCGUCGGACGAAAGCCUCUUCAACAUAGACUCAUUUUUCGAUGAUUUCGUAGAAAUCGACACUAGUGAUAUUUUCGACAGCGCUGAGUACAUCAACAUCGGAGGAGGAGGAGCACGGAGUUCGAAUUCUUCUUCCUCAAAAAUGUUACCGAAAGCGAACAAUUCUAGCCUUCUACUACCCGAUAUCCUCCAGCAGGAUGAACUUCUCCUUAAAACGCAAGCCGGUUUCUCCGAAGCGGAUGAUUUGCUACGUGGCGGCAGCGGAACCCGUUCGUCGUCCAACCAACCAAUGGACAAUGGGGAUUCGACGACCCUCAAGGAUCUGCCACCACUAGUCCGGGUUCCGCCGACGUCAUCCGCGUUGGAUCAGCAGCAAUCAUCCAGUUCCGGUUCCAUCAUUCAGCACCAUCCCGCCGAGCCGCUCAAAUCGAAGAAGCUCCGGUGCGCCCAGUGCAACCGCAAACUGGGUGUCAUCAUGAUCAUGAAGUGUCACUGUGAGAAGAUUUUCUGUGCCCAGCAUCGGUACGCCGAAGCGCACAACUGUUCGUACGAUUUCAAGCUCGAGGGCAAGAAAAUCCUCGAACGCGAAAAUCCACUGAUAGUGGCACAAAAGUUGCCCAAAAUCUAAACAAAAAAAAAACACGUACAUUGAUGAGUUAGCUUUUGUUCGAAAACGGCAAGUAACGGUAAUUAGCGAUGCAUGUUGGAAACGCUUAGCUCCGUUACAUGUCGUAUUCAAUUUGUUAUUGAGUUUUUCGUUAGAGAGAAAGUUUGAAGCUUUUGGUUGUAGUUUAAUUUUUGCAAGUUCCCUAGGAUCAGACUUGGGUCAAGUUCGAAAUUCUUGACGUAGCAAAAGCAACACUAUGCAAAAGUCUUGUUAUAAUUUAUUUUAGGCAUAAAACUGCAUUCGAUUAACUAUGAGCGUAGCGGAAAUAUUACGUUCGAUGCAUUGUAGUACAUUUAUUUCCAUUAGAAAUACUUUACGCUGAAUAUGCUGUAAUGUGUGGCAAAUAAAACUAGGUAUUAGUAAAAUUAUGGGAUUGUCUUGUGUUUGAUACUUUAAUACUAGAGGGUCUGAAUUUUACAGUAAAACCAUACAUUACAUUGUUGCAAGCACAGUUCACUUUGCUAGGAAUGAUUUUGCCUUAUAUCACUAGUGCUAUCAAUCGUUUUUUUCUUGGUGAAAUUCAUCUGAAUAAUAAGUUCGUAGGAAAAUAACUUCAUAAAAUCUAAAAAAAAAAAGACAUGCAUAGAGGGGGAGGGGGGAAGAUUUAAAACAUUAAAAGCAUAUUUAGCUAGAUAUCCUAUCUAUUUCGAAUUCUAUAGAAGAUAUAUUCAAUGUUUAAAACAAUUUAAAAGUUCGAAAAAUCAAAUCGGAAAAACUAACCCGAGCAAAAAGAAAUUAGAUAUCAUAUUGCUCAUCGGUCCACGAUACGAAAUAAAGCAAACCAAAGCAUGAUUUUCAAAAUCAAAACAAACUGAACGGAUACAGAAAAUGUGAACUAGUAGUAUGACCACACACAGACACACACACACACACACACACUGAAAGCAAAGGCGAAUCAAAGAACCUUUGUUGACAUUGCAGAAACAAAAAUCAGUCAGUAAAACAAAGAAGGAGAAGAAGAUUAUAUUUUGUCUACAUUACAUGAUUACAUGCUAAUAACUUAUUUUUGUUCAUUAUUUUUACUGGUGGAUUUUCGAGUAGUUUCCUAUUACUGAUAAUAACCAAUAGACGGUACGCUAGCAUAACUAUUGUAAUGGAAGGCGCAUAAUGUAAACUGGAAUAUCGAUAGUAAUCCUAUUACACAACAACUACCAUUUAAUCAACUAUGUAACUGGUAAAAAUGCAAAACAAACAAACAAAAAAAAACUACUAGUAUCGCAUAAUGUACGCGUCAGUUCAGAGCUAAAA